ACCUUGGGCUGUGCAGCCGGAACCAGCGGCUGUCCGUGUGCGUCCAGCUCCGUCCCUCCACCUCGCGCGCGAUCCGUGCUAUGGCCGCCCCGCCGCAGCUGCAGGCUCUGCUCCUGGCCGUCAACACACUGCUGCGCAAGCGCCGCUACCACGCUGCCUUGGCGGUACUUAAAGGCUUUCGGAACGGAGCCGUCUAUGGAGUCAAGAUCCGGGCCCCCCAUGCGCUGGUCAUGACCUUCCUCUUCAGGAGUGGCAGCUUGAGGGAGAAGCUGCGAACCAUCCUGCAGGCCACCUACACCCACUCCCGGAACCUGGCCUACUUUGUGUUCGCCUACAAGGCUCUCUGCAGCCUGCAGUCCCACGUACAGGGCAAGACCCACCAGUUGCAUCCAUUCCUGGCUGCCUUCAUCGGGGGUUUCCUGAUAUUUGGAGAGAACAAUAACAUCAACAGCCAGAUCAACAUGUACCUGACGUCCCGGGCGCUGUUUGCUCUGUGCCGCCUGGGCGUGGAGAAAGGCUACAUCCCUCAGCUCAAGUGGGACCCGUUCCCGCUGCACACGGCGGUCAUCUGGGGGCUGGUGCUGUGGCUCUUUGAGUACCACCGCUCUACGCUGCAGCCCUCACUGCAGUCCUCCAUGACCUACCUCUACGACGACAGCAAUGUGUGGCACGACAUCUCAGAUUUCCUCAUCUUCAACAAGAGGCGCCCCUCCAAGUAGGCGCUAAUGGGGACUCCUCCGCCGCCACCCCGCAGGCUCCAGGCAGUGGCUGUCUGUGGCUCGAGGUCUGCCUCACCAACGAACCCUCACAGAUGGGUCUCAGAAUCACCCCGCACACUCCCGCCUCUUUUAUCCCAGGGUUCCAUGUGCCCAAGGAGAAGCACUGGCGCUCAAGUCCCUGGAGGGGCUCUGGAGUGGCGGAGCAGAGGGCGGAGAGGAGUCUCGGGGUUGGUUCCCACUGUGCUGCUGGGUCCUGCAGGACAAGUCCCUCCUGCCUCGGGGCUCCAGCUUCCUGGAGCUCAGAGAGGAGGACACUGAGGCCUCUCUCUCUGGUGGGUGCCUUCUUUUUCCACUGUUUUCUUACGUAAAUGAAGGGUGAUUGGUAGAUAGGGUUGCAGCUGCUUGUUAAAAAAAACCGUGGAUUUCCGGCCAAGCAUGGUAGCGUCCUCACCUUGCACACACCGGGAUCCCAUAUGGGCGCCGGUUUUAAUCCCGGCAGCCCCACUUCCCAUGCAGCUCCCUGCUUGUGGCCUGGGAAAGCAGUCAAGGACGGCCCAAAGUUUUUGAGCCCAGCACCCAUGUGGGAGACCGAGAGGAGGCUCCUGGCUCCCUACUUCGGCCGUUGCGGCUGCUUGGGGAGUGAACCAGCAGAUGGAAGGUCUCUUCUUCUCUGUCUCUCCUCCUCUCUGUAUAUCUGACUUUCCAAUAAAAAUAAUAAAAUAAAUCUUUAAAAAAAUGUGGAGUUCCCUGCUCAGGGGCUGAUCCCCAGCAGUUCUAGAGCCCCACUGUCCAAUAGAGCCACUAUGUGAGUUGUGAAUGUGGAAUCUAGAUUUUUCUAGUAGCCACUUCAGAAAGUGUGGAAGGAAACAGGUGACAUGAACCUUAAUUACAUAUUUUAACCCAACAUUUCAGAAUGUUAUUUUAACAGGUAAUCAGCAUUAAAAAUAUUAAAGAGCUAUGUUACAUUCUUGUUUCUGCUAAGACUUCAAAAAUCAGAAGUGUGUUUUUGACCCGCAACACACCUCAGCUUGGAUGCAUGCUCACUGUC